CAACUGCUUCAAAACAGAGUUAAAUAUUACAGAGAGAGGAUAAUUCUGAAACAGACAUUCUUUACACACAAUCAUGGAGGAUGAUUCAUCUCGGGCCUCUACGGGCGACAAGGAUAGCGGGCAGUCGUCGGCGUAUGACAGCAGAAUGUUCAAGUUCUCUGCUGGCACAAAUCUACCGUAUGACGAGUUCUCACGACAUAGAAAGAUACGGCAACCUAGGGAUCCCAUGUCUCACCGUUUGAUCGAGAAGAGGCGAAGAGAUCGCAUGAACAACUGUCUGGCUGAUCUUAGCAGACUCAUUCCACCAACAUACCUAAAACAACAAGGUCAAGGGAGGAUUGAGAAAACUGAAAUAAUUGAGAUGGCGAUUAAAUAUAUUCACAAUCUACGAGAGAGAGCACAGCAUGGCCCACAAGGCAGACCAGAAGUGCAACUCAACACAGCGGAUCUCUCCGAAGACAAAUACCCAACAAAAAAAUGUUGCCAACGUCAUUUUUAUUAUGGGUUCAAGGAGAGCAUGGAUGAAGUGGCAACGUUUUUGGUGGAGUGUCAGGGUUCCAGUCCAGAAGAUAUGCUCUACCAAGGCAUUAUAAAACAUAUGGAAAGGGCAAGCCAGAAAUACUAUCCAGGCAACUACAGCAGCAUCCCACAAGAGCCACCAGCAAUGUGGAAACCACAAGAUUCCAUGGAAAGCAGAAAUGAAGACGAUAUGCAGAUGUCCUCGUCCGGCAUUGGAAUGACAGAUCACAGUAGCACACAAGAAAACUCCCCCACAGAAGUCUCGGACUUGAGAAGCAGCAAUGGCGCUGAGAUCAAAGAUGACGGUUUGAAAAGCCUCCUAUCAAAUUUGCCAAACAGUGAGGAAAAAAAUACAGAAUCUACGACUACUGUUACUGAAAUGAAGAAUGAUGACAUUUGUGCUGGGAUGGAUGAGUCUGUUGAAGGAGAGUACCUCGAAAAUGGGGAAAUGCCGUCCCCUAUCGAGGAACCUACCGACCAGCAGUGCAGUUUGGACAGCAAUGGUGACAAGGUGUACAAAUUCAAAAAUAUCAUAAAACUGAGAUUCACAGAGGACAUGAAAAGUGGUCAUCGCUACAGUAAAACAGGCACUUCGAGUUCAUCCAACAGCUCCAAGGAGGAGAACGACAGUGAGAUGUUUCAGCUGAUGGGGAAUCAGUUGAACUCCUAUUGUGGAAGCUCGUCCUCCACAAACUACCCAAACUCUAGAGACAGCUCCACCAAUGGGUACAGCUCCAAUGGCAAUGGGUACAGCUCUCAAGGAAGUAGUGGCAGCGUGGGCCCCUCCCCGCACAAACAGCACUCGCACAGCCACAACAGUCACGUGUCAAAAAAACAAGCCAAUAAAGACUAUAUGGAGAGAGAUAUGAACGUCCCUGGCUUUGCCAUGCACCCCUCAGCAACGCAUUAUAUCCCCAUUAUGGUCCAUUUGUCCUAUUUGUCCCCCUUCUUGCAGCACUCUGAAGUAGAAAGCGUACAUCAGAUUUUUCACCCAAUCAGCAUUCCUGUCAGGCUCGGAGGGCCUGUCAUACCCCCGCCUCUUGUUUCGCUGGAGGGCAAACGAGCCAGUCAUAAUUGA